AUGACCCAGGAGGGGCAGGCUCUGCCCUCUCCCACUCAACUAGAGAACCCAGAGGAGGUCUGUACAGCCACCGACAUCUCCACUGACCCUCUCACAGAAACAGACGACCAGGAAAAGCCGGAGAAGCAGGGGACUGAGGCGUUGAACGAGACUGAGGAAGAAAAGCAACAUGUCGAAACUGGAGAGGGGGAGAAUAAGGCGGAGGAGGAGACAAGUGGGGAAGGAGAGGGGAGGGAAGAGGGGGAAGUUACGGCUGGAGAGGGUGAGUUGGAAGAGGGGAGGUGUGAUGGCACUGGUGAUGAGGAUCCAAAGACGGCUGGAGAGGCGGACGGGGAAAGGAUGAGAGAGGAAGGAUGUAUGGAGUUGGAGGUUACCUCAUCCGGGGAAGAGGCUGGACAUGAGGAGAUGAAAGACGAUGAGGAGGAGAAGAAUGACGAAGAGAAACAACCGUCUACUGAGGAGGAAGCAAGUCAUCCUCAACACACUGGAGGGUUUGUCAAUUUACUUUACUGUUUUUGUUCUGUCCAUCGUCGCUUUAAGAGUAAUAAGUUUAAAUGACCUCAAAGUGACACUGUGGGAAAAACAAGACAAAAGUGUGAUAAGCAUGACGACCAUCAAAGUAAAUCAUUUAACCAGGCUUUCAAAAAAACAAGAUAUCACAUGAGCUGUUUCAUUGGAGGUAUUUAAAAGAUUUCAACUUGUCAAUUAGACUGAUAAACAGACACUCUAACACACAAUAAACUUCCUGCAGACUAACUCUGUCGAAGGUUGUGCUUUCACAGUUUGGUAGACAAGUGUUUAUACCGUUUUCCCUUCUAAGUGUUUUAGUGGGAAAUUGUCUUCUCUGUGUUUUUUUCCUGUUCAUUAUUGGCCUUAUUAGCAUCGAACAAAAUGAGUAAAAAAAAACUUAAUGGCUAAUAGGAAUAAAAACAGAGGGAAAUUUUUUUAGAGCUGAGGAUCUAGUACAACAAAUAAAAAAGUAAAUAUAUAAAGUAGAAGGUAAAGUUAAAUAUUUGCCAGAAAAACAUUUUUAAUAUGAAGUGGUUUAUCUUUGUGAGGAAAAUGUGGACAAAUGAAGAUAUUAUGACACGAAUUUGAAAAUAUAUUUAAACAGAGAUUUGAAUAAAUUCAUUGGUUACUUCUGUCCACUAUCACUGAAAGCACCAUAACAGAUUUGGGAUCUCUACAAACAAAAGGCUUGAAAUCAUGAAGGUUUGGCUGCUACUCUUUCAGUUAUUCAGAGGGAGCACAUUAGAAAGAGCUUUGUCCUCUUUAAUCUCGCUUCAAUCAUCCUAAAUGAGGGGUUAUUCUAGUAUGAAUGAGUAUUAAUGAUCAUUGUGAUAAUCUCAAUCAUGAAGCUGUUAUAUAUUUGUGUUGGAUGACCAAGAUGAUUUCACAUUUUUCCUCUUUAUGUCAAAACAGAUUAGCUAAUGGCGUCUGUGGGAACGAGAAUGACGAGGAUGCAGGUGAGGAGGAUGAGGAGAGAGACGAGAGGGAAACUCUGACACACUUGGACACUUUCAGCUCGAAUUUUGAGACAACAGUAGAGCAAGCCGACACAGAAGUGGAGGAAGAGGAGGAAGAUGUCCAAAAAGAGGGCGAUGGUAGAGGAAACCAGGACAGUUUCAGCUCUGUCUUUGAGCAGAUUGUUGAACAGGUUGAUGUUCAGGAAGAGGAAGAAGAGGAAGAUGAACAGGAGGUAGAGGAGGAGAGGGAAAAAGGUAGGGUUGACAACAAAGAUGGCUUCAGCUCUACUUUUGAGCGCAUUGUAGAGUCCGCCUUGCUGAGGGGUGGGACCUGCUACAGCAGCUUGGACUCCCUGGAUGUGCUGUCACUCACAGAUGAGACAGACAGCUGUGUCAGCUUUGAGGCACCACUAACGCCUCUGAUCCAACAGAGGGCGCUGUUACAAGGUCCUGAACCCCUGGAGCUUGAGCUGGCAACUGUUCAGGAGCAUGAUGCUGCUGAAGUUGGACCUGAUGCCCCAGGGGGUGAGUUUACAGCUGAAGAAAGCAUCGUCCAUGGAGCUGGAGCUGGAGUGGGAGGAAGCCCACUGAGAACCACCAUACCAGGGAGCAGGUCUGAGUAUGUGCUGAGCCAACCGGGACGCUGGGCCAUUCCAAAUGGAUAUCAUACAGACUCUGAUGGAACCAUAGACAGCUGUGGAGCCAUGACCAACUCUGUCAGGUAAGCAGACCAACAUGUUUGCAGAUUCCUGUAUUCUUGUGUUUUCUCAUGAAGUCGUAAAUGUAAUAAUAUUGAAAGGCUCAUAGGCCACAGUCAGCUCAUGGUUACAGCUUUAUGUACCAAUAACUAUAUUCCAGACCUGGGGUGAUAUGGAAAAUUGAUCAAUGUAUGGUGCAUCAACCCUUCUAUUAUGAGUAAAUCAAUAAUUCACAGUUCUGUAAGAUGAGAAAGUACAAGUCAGGAGACAAGAAGUCAACCUCUCUGUCUGCUAUGAGCAUCAUCAGACAAACAUGUGCUUUAUUCCACUUAUCAGCAUGUGAAAUAUGGCAUCCAUGCAGGAAGUACAUUUAUCCUUGAAAAAAUGAUGUGAACAAUUUUAUGACAAGUUACUGCAACCUUAUACACAUAAAUAUUAAUACAAGAAGUUGAGUGUGUCUAAGUGCUUUUGCUGUUGAUGGUGUAAAUUAACAUAUUAUGUUGUUUAAAAACUUUUUAACAUUUUAUUAUCAAAUGAAUCAGAUUUUAAUGUAAGAUUGACCUUUGCUUAAUUAUACAGGUAUUAUAACUCCUGAAUUAUGUUGCUCCCCAGAAUGUUUGGGUGAAACAGUAUCCCAGUGCGUGCACUUACUAAGGAGGGUGUCACCUCAGCUUCAUUUUGAGUUGCAAAAACCCUGAUAGUGUUCUCAAAGGACUUCUGAUUCUGAAUGACACCAAUGCUAGGGAAAGGCUUUCUUGUCAUGAACUGGAUUCAGGUCACAAACCUGCUGUGUGUGCACUCCACUAUAGGCCUAUUCUUAUGGUGCUGUUAGAGAGAAGUGAAUCUGUGCAGUCUGUCAAUCCUCUUCUGCUCCUCUGAAAAACAACACUCCAGACUGAGGAGUUUUUUUUUUUUUACUUAAGACCCUGAAUGAGAAUAUUUGUCAAGAUUUAGCAAUUAGAUUCUGUAGUGAAACCCUCAGUCAGGCAACAGUGUCAUUCAGGGACACGAGCCCUCUGUGAUGCAUGAUCAGUAUGAAUUUCCAUUUGUCAGGUUUUUUCUGUCAAAAAUGUCGAUCAAUGCAAAUUCUUCUGCCCACAAAGGCCACUCUCUUCUUCUGUAUCUACUAAACGGUGCCUUAUGUGCAGCCACUCACUAAAUGCAAACUGGUAUAAGGCACUAGUUUGUUUGCUCUGUGUUACGACAAAAACAAAGCAAGAUGGCAGCCUUUUUGCAAGAGAACCUGCUCCUAUUUAUAAAUUAUAUAAUUUGAUUAAGUAAAUUGUAUAAACUGCUCAUUCCAAGUAAAAAUUUGAUUAUUAGCACCCACUGUACCUUUAAAUUUGUGUAAGUAAGACACUGGAUUAGUCUUUGAUUUGCACUGACCCCUGAUUCUGUUUCUUCCUUGAAUGAUCUUAUUAACCAAAGGAGUUGAAAAGGAAAGUGCAGAACCAGGGGGGAUGCGGUAAUUUGAACCAUAUGGGGAAAGCCAUGUAACCUGAGCCAUGGCUGGAAGUCUGAUGGACUCCCUCUUCAGUUUCUCAGUAGCAUGUUCUCCUGCCAUGGCCCCAUGCCUACUUGUAACAAAUCUCUUUGCAAACUGCAGGGAUUGUUUUUACUGAAUAUCCUGGUGCUUCCACAACCUAAUAAGAGUGAAAAAAAUAGAGGAUGAACAUCGGAUGUAGAGUUGACUUUCCUUGCCUUUCCCUUCUCUUUCUCGACCCCCAUCUACAGAUGUUGUCCUUUAAGCACGGUCUUACUUCCUGACCAGCGCCAAGCUGAAUGAGCUAUUGUUUAUGUCAUGACAUCACCGUCUUCAGCUUUCCUCUGCUCAGCAGGGUCUUGGAGUGAGUGUGUGUGUAUGUGUGUGUGUUUGCUUGUGUGAGAGAGAGAGAGAGAGAGAGAGAGAGAGAGAGAGAGAGAGAGAGAGAGUAUAAGUGAGCGAUUAUUGCUCUAUGGUAGCCAGCUUGCCAGACAUUUGAGCACUUAAAUCUAGAGUGGAUACAUCUGCUAGUCAGACUUAAAGGGGUGCUUUGAGUUUAAAAGACACUCACAGUAUCCAGCUUAUCGUGAAUUAAACGUCUGUGAUGUUUUUUUCAUCUGAAUUUUUGGGGAUAUUUGGAGGAGAAGCUAUUAGCAUUGGCAAUUCUAGUGCAACUCAGAAGGAAGGAAUGCCAUUUCUAUAACAAAUGAAAAUUGGAGGACAGCAGGAGAUUUUUUAUUAUCAUCUCUGGAGAGAGCACGCACUACAUUUGUCUGCUUUUCAGAGAAGUUGAAUUGAAUUAUCUGGAUGUAGUAAGGUAAAAAGUGCAGAAAGUAAAAACAUCAUUUAUUGCACUUUUCAUUAAGAUGACUCAGUAAUCUAGAGCCGAGAGUGAAUUAAUAGAUAAACUGCUGCAGUUUCCAACAUGUUUGUCAGAGUGAAAUAAACAUGAACAGAACAUAUAAAUGACCUAUGUAAUAGUAUUUAUAUGAAAGCGGUGAUGCUUUUUUAUGACCUACAAAAGCAGACAGCAACAGUGACAUCUUAUAUUGUUUUAAUGCCUUUACUGCUGCGAGGGGGUGUCAGAUGAGAGGAUUUACAGCACAUUCAAGAAACAGCUUUCAAUUAUUUUCCAAGUGUUCACAGCCAACGAUAUAUUUCACCAUCAAAGACAACAGGAUAAGAUUUUUGUCAGAAACCCCACCUGCACAUGUACAGGAGAAAAUCAUCAAAAGUGUAACAGGGACACCAGAGUCAUCCCAAAACUGAAAGAUCUCCACAGGAACUGUAAUUCAAACUUUCAUUUUCUGUUUCUUCUCCUUUCCUCACCUUGCUUCUCUAUAUGUUUGCUCCCUCUCACCACCUGUCUCUGUGUUCAUUUCUUUGGUUUGUUCAUCUCAUCCUUUCUUUAUCUGUCUCCCUCCAGUGCGGCUCUUCCUUUGUCUCUGCAUCACCUCGGCUUUUAUUUCUCCUCCUGUGCUCUCUUGCUGUUUCUUGUCUUUCAUCCCUCCCUACAUCCAUUCUUCUCUGUGGGUAGCCACAGAAUUGGCACAGUUCCACUUCGAGAUACUCGGGGGUGUCAUGGACAAGCAGUCUUUUUCACUGCAGGACAGCACAUUAGAUAAACUGGUUGAUCACCUUGUCAUUCAGCUUGGCUGACCUUUAGAUGUUUUACAGAACAGUCAUUCAGUGUUGAGUCUGUCAUCAAUACUUUUUAAAGAAAAGACCUAUAAAUUUGUAGCCCUCAGGCUCUCCUCUUCAAAAUGACAGAAGAACCCAAAAUGUACCCAGGACAGCCUAAGGGUUAAGUAAGCUGUACUGACUUACCUGUUGACAUGUGUGGCAGUAUAAUAGGUAUAGCCUGAUGGGAAGUGAGAAAGUAAGACUUAUAGCCACACUUGUAGUGAGGCUGCAGUGAUGCAUGAUGGGGCUUUAAGGAGAAUGCCAACAUCAGCAUGCACAAACAUAAUUGUAGCAGUAAUGCUAACACGGUUUGGUCACACAUGGUUUCUUUCAGCCAGCCCUUGACUUAAAGAAACCUGAUUUUUGAUUAGUGAUGGGCCAUGGUGUGUUGGCCCAUCAGCCAUGAUAUUCAGUCAUGAUUUCUCAUUUGGUAAAGUAGUUUAGUCCAUGUGAUACUCACUCUGUUGUGUUCCUCUGUGCCAAAAACAAGAUCUCUUCUCUUCAGCAGAGCAUGCUGUUUGGCAGCAUUAUAAUCUGUGUCAAACUACUUAGAUUUGUUCUGGGUAGCCAAGUAGUUAAGUGCUACUUAUGUGAUGAUACGACCUGUUGUGCAUCAAUGGACACAAACAAACAUACAAGAAAAAAGAGACAGACAAAUACAUAAAAGCUCUAGGUGACAUUCAGUAAAGUCAUGGCAAGAGAAGUGUCCUUUGAUCACGUUGACAUGUGCAGUAUCUGCUGCACAUUUGCAUGUUUCCUGUAUUAUCCAUAUAGGAGGGCUUAGAUCUAAACCCGUCCACAAACAGGGCACAUCAAAGCAAGGCUCAGUUGUUCCCAUAUCAGAGAAGCAGCUCUGCAGUGUGGACUAAUCUGUUUUAUACACAUUCAAGUGCAUGAAUGUACACACAAAGAAGACACACUAGCCAACAACAUGCAUGCAUAAAUAAAAAUCUGCAUGAUGCUCAUGCUUUCUAAUGCUCGCUUAGUGACACAGAUUUGAAAGCUGUCGAAUUUUCUUGCACACACUGAAUUAUUCCUCCUCUCAAAUACACACACACAAACACACACACACACACAAAAUCACACAGUUCUAUCAGAAAGUCACCAUGGGAAUAAAACCUUUAGCGUGGUCCUAUAGCACUGCUGCAACAUCCUGCAGAUUAUCCUUUUCUGGCUUCCAGUUUGCCAGCGAGGCAGACAUGCAAACCCACACACACGCACACGCACACAGUUACACAUAGACAUUAAUGUAUGCUGACACACUUUGGUAACAGAAGCAGUAAUUCAUACAAAUUCUCUCUUCAUCUCAGCACAGACACACACACUAACCACAUCAUUUCAGCACCAAUAGAUUUAUCCCUGUCUAUUUAUAGCCCGACUCUAUGUUCAAUGACACAUCCCACAUUCUUACUGUAGCAGUGACUGUGCUGUCUGAAUGAGGAUCUUUUUACCUCAGGCUUUUCCCUCUAAAACGUCUUUCAGCACUUCCUAUUGUGGAGGACAUGAUGCCACAUUCGGCAAAAUAAUGUUUUCUUUUUCCUGCUUUUGCAAAAAUGACUUAAGCUGCUUUUAAUUCACACAUUAUCUCUGUCAUCUCAGUCUUUCUUACAGGUGUCAGCUUUUACACACGAUACCAUUCAGUAUGAUUAUUAUGAAUAUCAAUCUCACACACUGAGUUAUCCAUCCAAGGCACAGCAUUCAGUGUCUUGCCUGGUAUAGCAUUGUAAGACUUCAUUUGUGGGAGAACAGCAGGUAAAUGGCACUUAGUUAGAGGCUGUAUACACUGUUCUGAGUUGUACAGAGGUUGGUGAACUAUUGUUGGUGUAUUAGCCUUUCCUUUACUUGGAAACAGGAAGUAGGACAAUAAUAGUAAUGGCAGCUUACCGACCCUAACACAGUUUAUUAAUGCUUCUCCAGCAAAGUGUAGUGAUUUUGCUGUUAGCUACUUGUUUGUGUGUACUCACAUACUAUCAUAGCUGUAUGCUCACUCGCAGGCACUUUGUGUCCUUCUGUGGUGUUUCAUUACAAAAUACUGCCAGCUACUGAAUUAUCAGGUGGGUUUUUUUCUUGGGAUCUGUAUGCAUGAAGGUCAUUUUCCUAAUGUUGCUUCUAAUGUUUCCAUGCAGAAGACAGACUUUUCUGUUUUUUACGAUGCAAAGAAACGGUCGUUAGAUUAAUCUUUCAAGAGCAAAAGCCAGCAGCAGUCAUAACAACUGUUCACUUGACUGCAAACAAAUAAAUGAUACAUACAUAAAAUGUUGCACAAAACAGAAAAGGGGAAAAUAUCGUUCCAAUAUUGAUAUAAUUUCACUUCCUUGUAAGAGUUUGUGCACAGUCUGUAUUCACUUUUCUUUAAGAUCCUCCCCUGCUUCCUUUUUCUCUCAGUUAUUUUCUGUUUAUUUGACCACGCUCUUGCUGUCUUCAUCUUACAUGAUUAUGUCCCUUUGACCUCUAACUUACAUAGAUCAGGUCGGCACCUGUCUUAUACUGUAAUCCUAAUGAUAGUUUUCAAGUUCUGAUAGGCUGUUCAAAAGAAAAAGUUACCUUUUUCACACACUUUCUUUUAGAUGAUGUCUGAUGAUGGCCCUAGGUGGAUGGUCUAUCACAAUUAACCAGAAAUCUAGAUUGCUAGUUGGAGCCCCUUUUUUUAUCUUUCCACAAGAGAGAGAGAGAGGCGUUGAUGUAAAAUGUGAUUGUUUGUGUUCAGUUUCUUGGUUUUGUGGAAUGAUACACCAGCUCUUUGACACUUCAUAAUCAAGUCACUCUCACUGUCUCGAUUGACUAUGGUAAAGACCUCUCAGCUUGCUGUGGCUAAAAUGGUAACAGCCUUCCCAUGCUGACCAUGUGUGCCAUAAGAGCACCACAGCUGUGCUAGAAUAGAUUUUAAAAUUCUGCUGUCUCUGGAAUAAACAUGCUGUGUCAAUGGAAAAAGUGGACCAUGAGUCAUUAUAGUGUACGAUCAGUGUUCGUUUGUGCCUGCUCGCUAGACUACAUGUGUUUUUAGUGCAGGAUGUGCUGUUGUUUUGUUUAUGAAGUUUGUCCUCUGUUGUAGUCUGGACCUAAUUAUUUGCAGAACAAGGCUUCAGAGAAUUGCUUGUAAACCAGUUUUUAGCUUCUUCUAGUGUUUUGUUGCCAUUCUGAUCUCUUGACUCAUCAGAAUUGUAUUCUCUCGACUCUACAGCUGAGCUGCCCCCGUGCUUUUUUCGUCCUUCUUCUUUCCACCAGGAGGAAGGAGGAAAUGAGACAGUGAAGCUUGUACAUGUAUCACCCUGUCUUGGCUAUUUUUUUUUUUUUUGUGUGUAUUGAACAUAGUUAUGCUUUGUCUAUAGGGGAGAGUGGGGUAAGAUGAGCCAUUUUUCAUCAAGGCAAUCAUAGUUUUGUCUCUAACUAAUGUAUCUGCAUGUAUUACAAGAUGUUGUGAAUCCCUCCAAACCAACAGAAUGAGUGUAAACAUAACCGUCUUAAUAAUAUAGCAUGCCUAAAAAAAGUGGUCUCCUAUGGUCAACUUACCCUGUGUAUGGGGUAAGUUGACCAUAGGAGCAGGGUAAGUUUAGACAUAUCCCUACUACCCCCCCCACUCUCCACCCCAGCCCUCCCUCACCUUCUCUCUCCCUAUGACAGUCACUUCUUUAUUUCGAUCUAUUAUACGCCAUUUUGACAUGAGAAUGACUUUCAGUGAUUCAGAACACUCACAGCUGUAUUUUUGAAGAGAAAAAGUAACACAUUUCUACAAUCUGAACUUACCCCUGGCCAAAUGGCUCAACUUACUCCAGAACUACUAUUACGACUUUAAGGGCGCGUUCACACCACCCUCGUUUAGUCCAGUUGAACCGAACCCUGGAGCGUUUAUGCCCUUGAUACGGUUCGUUUGGGUCGGUGUAAACGCUGACCUCGAACUCUGGUGAGGACCAAAUGAACGAACUCUGGUCUGCCUGAAGAGGUGGUCUCGGACCGCUAUCAAGUGAACUCUGGAGCAGUUCAUUUCUGGUGUGAACAUCAUCCACACCAAUCACAGGAAACGCAUCACACACUCUCAUUAAUGCCUGUCGCCAUCUCGUCUCUAUCCAUCUGUUGUUUGCAGCACGUCGACUCCGGACGAGCCGUUCAUACACGCAAUCAACUAGCGUCUUUUGAUAUGCACUCCAGAUGAGUAGCAAAAGCAGGCGAAGACAGCAGAGCGGGGUUUGUAUGCCCGCAUAAACUAAAGACUAAUAAUUGAACGAUAUUCGCGGUCACAUGACUUCCGGUUCUGUUUCCUGUAAUGAUUGAGUUUGUCCUUUGUGAACGCAAACCUGACCAGUUAAACAAUCAAAACAAAUGUAUUGUCUUGCCUUGGAUUCGAAUCAGGAAACGGACCUUUAGGUGUGAACACAACAUUAUAGUCCUCUAAGCUAAAAUGGUGGACUUUUAUGCUAGGUUUUUGACCUCAUGUUGUAGCUUAUAGAUACCACAAUUGAUGUAUAAAACAAAUUUAAAAUGAUCUUUUUGGGUCUGAACACAAUUCUAAUAAAACUUAGGACAGACUAAAUUCACUUUCAAGAGUGAAAAAUGUUUUUUGUAAAUAAAUGUCUAACCCCUUCACCCAUGUGCUUCUUAGACUCCAUGAGUUGAUGCCCAUCUCCUAAAUAUUUGGUCACAUGAUCAAUUUCUUUUACCAUUUCCAAGCAACAGGGGGUGGCUCAACUUACCCCUUGGCUCAACUUACCCCACUGUCCCAUAUACUCUUACACUACAGCAGGAACCCCAUCAAAAGUUGUGGAGAUUCAUGUAAAUAGAAUACAGUCAGAGUAUUUCCUUCAAUUUCUCAUGAAACAACACAUUUUAGGAGUGCAUGGAAAUGAACUCAUCAAAUGAGUCAAUGCUGAGGCAAUGCAGCCUCAAGAGCUAUACUGCAGGACUUCCAGCUGAAAAUGAUCCAACCUGCUGGCUCAGAGCCCUCUGUCAGAGGAAGUUGUGCUAGCUGGGACACAAGGGCCAUUGUAAAGCAGCCACUAGGAACAGCAUACAGCGUUCAUCAGAAAACUCUCUGCAGGCUUUAGCUCCGCCCCCAACAUCCUCUCCUCUGAGGAGCGUUCAGGCAGUCAGGAAAGUUUAAGGAAAAGCCCAAAACACACUCCCUGUGUUAUGACACCGCAGUGAAAUUACUCUACAGUCGAGUUUAUCAGCGACCAGUGAGCUGUAAUUAAACUUGAGCCGACUUCCGCCACAGAGAAACCAGAGUUAGCUCACGGAAGUCUGAUAAACCGGGGCGAUGCAGAUUUUACCGACCACUGGAUGAUGAGGGGGUCGGACCGCCGCGCGCCUUUAACCGCUGAUUUCCAAGAUCCGAGGGACGAUGUGGAAAGAGGAAUAUGAUGUUCACUUCGACUUUUUGCUGCAACUGCUGUAAGUUUAACAUUUUGAUUGACAUCAGAUCCUGCGACUUUGGCGUCCAAAUGGGUGGGAACACGUACAUUAUGCUGCGUGGCAAAUCAAAAAGUUUGCUGUGGAGCGAUGGUUGCUGUGCUUUUGUUUUGCGUUGACGUAAAGAAACUAAAUAGCAACCUUCACAGAGUAACUCCAGGGGCUUAUCUAUCAUCUAUAAUUAUCUAUUACUCUUGACGAAUGGGACUUGAAACAUAUAGAGAUAUGUUGCAGUAUGUCUCCUAUGUUACAUAUAUAAUAAAACAUACAAUGCAUCAUCAUAUCUGUCUUUAGAGUGAAUUGUGCAGGGUUCUACCAUAUUCAUUUAAAGCGCACUGUGAGCGAAGAGAUCUAUACAUUUUCUCAAGUCAAACAAGGCGUAACAUGAAAUUGAAAUUACCAUAAGAAUUGGUUUGAUUGUAAACAUUUUCAUUGUUUGGUUAACACAACAUAGUGAGCAUCUCCAGCACCCACAGCCCAAGAUGAUGGUUUCUAAUAUUGACAUAUCUAAAGAAACCAGUGAUAUUCCAAGCAGCCAUUUUAAUAAUUGCUUCAACCUCCUUUAUGGGAUUUCUGAAAUUUUAACUAAAGCCUUUGUAACAGCUUCAUCAUUUCUUUGAGCUGUAAUUUUUAUUAUUGGCACAAACUUUGACCAGCAAAGUCAGCAUCUGAGUUUUUACCCACACUGUCAUAAGCCUGAUAGUGUCAACAAUAAAGGGUCGUUUAUCAAUUAAUAUUCUAUUUAUGUAGCUGCCAUUCAUUAAAAAAUGUUUUCUCAAGACACUUAACAAAAGAACAGCCUCUGUCAUGAUUUCUAGACCAUGCUUUGUGUUAUUAUUCCCAUUAGACAACACUUUAGACACACAUACCCAAACACACACACACACACACACACACACACACACACACACACACACCUACUAAUGAACACCCCUGUAUAAAAAUCUGAAAUAUCAGAAUUUCAUAAUCCAGUUAAUCCCCCAGAUUAGAUCAGACAGUUCCUCCCCUAAACACUUCGCGCACACACACACACAAACCCAUACACACCUAGCAGUCAUCCACAUCUUGAAGGUGUGGUUGUGGGUGGUGCACAUCCAAAAGAUUAGCAUUUGAGUCACUAACAUGCACCAUCAUGCUCCAUAUCUCUGACACACUCAUAAACACAGACUGAGUGGCGGUUACAGUGAGUGACUAUGUGUGGCCGCGGGAUAGUGAAUUGUGCCUUUAGAAAGACAAAUAGGUUUACUGUGUGCCACUUGGCCUCCUGUAAUGCCAAAUAUCUUGGCACAAAAGCCCUGGGCUAGCAUAUGUCACUUCAUGUUAUGUCUCAUGCUGUUACUUUAUGUUUUUGUGUGUAUGGUGAGUCUGUUAUUGCUUGGCGGCGGUGAAUAGAGGGGGGCUGGCAGCUUUUUGGCCCUAUGUCUGAUAUAGGCUGUGAUUGAAUACGUUUCUUGCUAGGUCUAGUGGAUUGAUACAAUCUGACAAGUAUAAACAAUUUGACUGAGAGCACCAGGUUAAAUAGUUUUCUUGUGUGUUUAAAGGUCUGGGGUACGCAUCUUCAUGUUGCAUUUUAAAAUGCAUGUUUUGGUUUAAAAGUGGGUGCCAGCAGUUUUAAAAGGUUGGUGUAAAGAGCUGUAAGUCUGCCUGGAGGUCUACUGCCAAGUGGACAUGUCCAGAGCACCUCCAGAGGGACCAGACAGGAAGCUUUUUAAUCAGACCCCCAAACCACACUGACUGGCUGCUUAUCCACAAGAAAGAGCUGUGAUUUUGCUUUUUCCAGAUAUACAAACUCCCCACCCUGUCCCUCAGGAUGAACCCAGACACCCUUCAAAUUAGACUGCUGGAGCUGACUGCACCACAUAUCUCACUGAUGCUCUUUUUGAAGGGGGUUUACCAGACCUACCUUCACAUAUUGGAGGGCUUAUAUGACACUCUGACCCUUUCAGCUGUGAUGUUGAGGCGCUAGAUCCUCAUUGAAUCACCCGGGGCAAAUUAGUCCAAGGUCAGGGGCUAGAUGAAAAGUGAGCUCAUGAGCUCAGUGAUUUAGUUUAACAUAACAGAGGAGUAUAACCUUGCCUAAAGCAAAGGGGUUCAUUUUGCUGUAAGGUUUUAAAGUGUAGUCAGCCACACAGCAUGUGAAAACACGGGACUCUUGGUUGUAAGAAAUUUUGAUCGUAAUUUUUAAUAUUUGUCUUUAAACUGUCUUUCAUCUAAAGCCUGCUUUAGCCUCACAACACAAAUUCAUGAGACCGCCUUGAGACUGCCUGCUGUCCCUUUCUUUCUUCUUCCCUCCCUCAUAGGACACUUGGCAUCUAUGGUAACCAGCAAUUCCCCAUCCACGACAGGACAUAAUGUAUUGAAUUUGUUAGGAUAAUGCAAUUGAGCCAAUCCGAUUAUGGACGAAACAUCUGAAUCAUCCGUCCAGAAUGCUGACAGUGCCACACAGAUGCACACAAACACAGGAAAUGAGGAAGUGCCAUUUAGGCUGAUCGAGGUGAACAAGUUUAGUGUGUAAAAAAAAAAAAAAAAAAAAAGCAAAGUUCAUUUGUGACUUAGAUUUUGUCAAAUUACCAAUUUAAUGCUACCUCUAAUGUAAUAAGAUGUUAGGAAGAUUGCUGCUCUUGCUGCCUGAUUCCUUCAAACAUGAUGCUGAUUUUGGCAAAACUAUAAGGACUUUGACCAAUAUUGGUAUCACAAUUAUUAAAUGCACUUACUCAUGAGUUCACAUCUGUACCACAUGCGCUUAGAGGACUUAAAAUAUUUAGGACUUUAACAUUUUUAGCACGUUGUAAAGCAUGUAUAUACACUGAAAAACAAUCUGUUGUUUUUGUUGACCAAAGCAUAGCUGUCCGUCUAAAUGAAUAUUAUUAAUCAACAAAAAUCAUAAUAGUACCCAAAGGGACCAUGCACCACAUCUUCAGUUCACUUCAAGAGUCUAGAGUCGGUUUUUAUGGCACCCACUCAAUCAACCAAAUGCCAGACCUUCACUUGUAGCAGAGUUUACAGUGUUAUUAAAAAGUCAAGGGUCAAACACCACCUACAUUUGGCUGCAGAGCCAACAUAUCAUCUUUUCAGGCCUUCACCUUUAUUACGUCCAGACCGAGUGAGGCUCAUAUUUCUGUAUGUUUAGCUGGCAGUUGUCAGCCUGUUGACGCACCUUUAUGCUUGUGAUUGUUACAGACUCUUGUUGUCCAUAAUCUGUCUCUUUGACACAGACACAUACACAAAUAGGCACCUCCAUUAUGUGCUGGGCGAUAUGAGAAAUUACAAAUACGUCAAUGUUUUUAUGCUAAAUUGUGAUACAGGGGUAUAUAUCUCGAUAUUUCAAAGUCUCUUCUGAAUCACUUUAUGAAUGAGAAAGACAUUCACAAACCACAUAAAUCAAAGUGCACUUUUUCUUCUUGGUCAUGUUUGUAACUGGAGAGCUUUUUAAAAACUGCUGAUUUAAUAUUUCUCCUACGUAGUAUUUGCAUUCGAGCUGUCUUUACAAGAAGAGGGAAAAUGAAUUAGGCUGAUUCAUUUAGUGAGGAAGAGUAAAGAAGACAGCUUUGUCUUUUUGUAAUAUGGAAUUAUUCUGCACUGAGAGGUGGGAGAGCUAAAGAAGAUGUCACAGAUUAGAUCAACCAAUUUUGAUAUUGUUUGACUCUGGUCUGUCUGUCCUGCUCUGUCAUACUGUCUGGUGUGAUCUGUCCUCUGUUUUACUGCACACCCUGAUCUAAGCAUGAGCAACACCUCCACCUCCAUCUGUUGGUUUAUUAACGCAGUUCACUUGUAAGACGUCAGGGAUCUUGUUGUUAGCAUCUCUUCCCCCCCCCCCCCCCCCUUUUUUCACUCUUAUCAGUGACUCCAGGUACAACAGGCUUCACAUCAAACCAAAGUUUCUCCACUGUGCUGCUUAUGUAGCGUGUGCACGGGCAUGAGAGACGCCGCCUUAUCAGUGUUGGCAAAUACAGUUUUUCAUGAUCAUUUAAUGUUCUGUAAAGUCAAAUGAAGGUGCUUGGGGCUUCAUAAUCAUUAAAAAUGGAAGUGAAUCUGAUCAUCAAUGAUCACUUGAGACUCACAGUUGAUGCCAACUUUAAAGUUGCCAGGGAUCUCCUUUUGCUUCCUCCUGUCCCUCUCUCUGUGCCCUCCUCCCUCCUUUCCUGUGGGGAGUGUGUUUGAAGCAAGGAGGACAUCAGUAGAGGGCCGGAGAACAAAACCCUGAAGUUGUCUUGUUGUGCAGGUGCCUUUAAUGUCAGUGUGACAUUCUGUAGGAUACUCACCAUAGUCAUUUUAUGUAUCUCACAUUAGGCAAGCUGGAAUGUAUCAAGUGUACCCGAUAUAUUGCACACCCAUACCUUCAAUGUUUUUAAGAUCAAGGAAUCCAGAUCUUUCAUUUCCUUGUGCUCCUGAAUAAGGGGAGGGCAGAGCAGACACUGUGAAAGCAGAGAAGGAGGAUGCGCUCCAUUCAUAUUUCCAGAUGAAAGUGAGUGCAGCAUGGCAGGUGGCACAGUAAUCAUUCAGUCUUGAUGAUUGUAGGAGACCAUAAUCGCAACUGAAAUUCAAAUUCCAUUAACCAUGUAGCCCUGCCCAAAAGUUUGACCAUCAGAAACGUCUAUUCAUUUAAAGUUCUUCUGCACGCACCAGCCUCUCUUUUCCUCAUCUUCUUCCAGCUGGGGCAUUUUGCACUGCCACACACCAAAUGCGAAAAGGAGUGCGCUACUAGUUUAUUCAUUCUAUGCCAAACUAGAAAUGUUGCAGUGCAAGAUGGUGAGAGGAAACCUGCUCCACUGUAGCUUUUACAGACUCAUUUCAAGUAAACAAAAUCAAAAGGUCUUUAAAUUUUAGUUGAAUACACACUUAUUAAAACACACAUUUAAAAACAGAAUUUAGUCCCUAACAAGUCUGUUAAAUAAAGGUUUAAUGCUGCAAAUUAUUGCACACUGCACCUUUAAAGCCUACAUGUGUGGUUACGUCCCCUACCAGGAGAUGCUUUAGGAUGUUAUAAAGGAGUCAGGGGUUGUUGUUAUAAGGGAGUGACCUUGUUUACAUUAAAAACCAGAUGUUGAAUUUACACACAAAAUACCAAAACAGCUGAGUGGUCAGAGGGGCACAGCAAUAAAGGAAGAUUUUUUAUGUUGCCACCUUGGCGGUAUCUAAUGGGGAUCCAAAUUAAUAAACUUAAAUCAAAUAGAGGAAGAAGAGGAGAUGAGAUCUCCCAUGAAGACAUUUUUCCCAUGACCGUAUGUCCAUGACAGACAGUUCUGUAUAGACAGUUCUGCAUUAAGGUUUCUGUAUAGACUGACAUAUCUGUCCUCCACAACACUUCAGAUAAAAAGCAUUGCGUGAAAGUUAGGGGAGAAUAAAUAAAUGAACUGAUUGGGUUUUUACUUUGAAAAGCAUUGUGACAUUGUCCUUAAAUAUAGCUGAUACAGAGCCAAAACAACCCUCUGCUUAUCACUUUUGUCUCCAUUUUGGCUAAGAUUUGCACAAGCAUAGGUGAGCCUUUUGUUUUGGAUAUUUUUGGCACAUGAGACACACAUGAGACCUGGAUUUGACGCUGGCAGUGAAUGAUGUUAUCUGUUAACAUGUGUGCUGAAAUAAAGAUGAAGCUGAAUCACAGCCAGCAUGCAGGCUGUGUGAUGCCAAGUCUUAAUAUCGUGACAGCGAUGAGUUAGAGAAUAUGUAUCCCCUUAUACCAUGUGUACAAAUACAGAAAUAAGCACAUUUUGUGUUGUAGUAGGUUUAAUUUUGCAGCAAAAUUGUGUAUUUUUAAAUGGGAGUGAAUGGGGCUUGCCAGACAUUGAAUUGCAGUCUGCAGUGAGGGCUGUUUCUCUUGUCUGAAGUCCUGAAGUACUGUUUUACAUUACAAAUGCCUUAACAUGUUUCAUUUCUCGUUAGAGAGAGAAGUGAUUUUCAUUUAGCAGUUACACAGUAAGUAGUAGUAACAGAAUUAUAACCCAUCUCAGUUUAAAACAGAACUAUAUUACAAUGACGAGCACUUCUGCCGAAUGUUCAAGAGCAUCUGUCAAUAAUGAGGUCUUUGCAAGGAUGCUCUAAAUAAUUCAAAUGUUACAUAUGGUGUGUAUAGCUCUCCUGAAACUCGUUAAAAUUCUCUGGACUUGAAUUACUCCUGAAGGGGUGAUUGAGGACAGUUCCUCAUUUGCAGACAUGUCCUGCUUCAUAGCCACACAGAUAUACUCACAGCAAAGAUAGACAGCUGAGCCACCACCAUGAAUUUUUCAAUUUUCUUGUUCGGUUGGAGAUUGGAUUUUUUGCUUGAAGGCAAAGCAUCCUUUUUUCCUCUAUAUGAGCCCCAAAAAAACCCUCAUUUUCUGAACUUCUGGGCUCUAUUUGCCUCAGAUGGACACAUAGAAAAGUAAAUGUAAUAUUUUUGAUUUCUUAUUGCACUUAUUAUUGCAGCACUUUUAGUCAAAUUCUGUUAGAGGUCUGCCUCAGUCAAUUUAAGUAGGACAUUAAAUGACAGUAAAACUGGGUCAGUGUCUUAAUUGCCAGUUUAGUAUCAUCCAUUUUUUGUUUCGGGUGUAUGUAAACACAGGUUUAUGUAAUUAGGGUUUUCCUGCGAUCCUCAGUGUCCUCUGUUUAAUUUUAAGUUAGUAGGCAUGUAACAAAGGAUAUGUGCUCCAUUCAUUAACCCUGGCACCUGCCUGCGUGUGUGUUUAUGUGUGUGCUCGCAUUCUUCUCUCCUCUAGUGAUGCCAACCUCGCAGACGUGCUGUCUGACUCAGAGGAGUGUGAUUUGGGCAGUCUGGAGCGUUUGGAGCGUGGUAGCACAGACACUCUGGCCAAUGGCUGCCGAGCAGACACUGAGGCUGCCAAGAGGCUGGCCAAGCGCCUUUAUCACCUGGAGGGCUUCAAACGCUGCGAUGUGGCCAGACACCUGGGGAAGAAGUGAGCAGAAACACACACACAAUAACACACAAAAUGACACAGUACCACAGACACUUACAUCACUAAUGAACCAACAAAUCCCACAAACAGCAGCAAACAUGUUUAUACAGUUAGAUGAUCAGUAUUUGUACAUAAGCGUAGAUAAAACACAGACAUAGUGUAAUCUUAUUGGCUUAUUGUUUAUUAGCUUUGUAUCAAAAAUACAUGCACAGGCUUACGUCAUUCUUAGACCAUUUUUUAAAACAACAGGAAUAAGUUUAUAUAACGCAUCCUCAUGCCUCCAGUGCCACGUCAAUGAGCUGAUGCUCUCUGUGUCUCUGUCUCUCUGCAGUAAUGAGUUCAGCCAGUUGGUGGCGUCCGAGUACCUCAGCUUCUUUGAUUUCUCCGGCCUGUCGCUUGAUCGAGCCCUGAGGUAAUGCAAAGUCAGUGUUUGGGAGUGUUGAGUUGAUGUAGACAUCGAUACACAUGCAUGUGUAUGUGUGUUCUUCACUUUACCUCUUCACCAGGCAUUAGCUACGUGCUAAUCAGGCUGUCAUGUUGAAUACAGUCGGACAGUGUGGCCGACUGCAGCAGAGUGAGUGGAUCACUGUCUUUCACCUGACAUGUUGCUGUCUCAUACUAUUCUCCUUUAUGCUCUGAGCGUGCAUCUUUAUUUGUGCUCAUCUGUCUUAUAUCAUAUUUAAUGAUUUGUCUUUUGGGAAUUAAAUGAAUGAUUUGGUCUGUAAAUGUUAAUGAUUUCUCUAACACAGUGUAUUCUUGUUAAAUAAAUAAAUGACUGUCUGAGGUUCAAAGUAAAAAUUUGAGGCACUCUGAUCAGGAAUAAAAAUCCUUUAAGUAACAGGUCUGUGUCCACACAUUUGGACUCUACAGAGUCUUCAUGAGGGCAUAACAGGCAAUUAAUAUAAAAAUUGAAUAUGAUUGUGACACAUAACAGAGGUCACACUUAAACACAGUCAUUUGUAUGGGUGGGAGAAAGAAAAUGAUUCACGAGUAUUUGUUUUACAAUUUUUAAAUCAAUUUUUAUGUUCAAAAAUAUAUAUAUUUUUUCAAAUUUAAGGACAAAUCUUAAAAACUGACUUGCAUGUGAUGUGUACUUUUUGGGUUUUUCCUAGAAUAGUCAGCAGACAAUUAUAAUCAUUCAACUGUUUCACUGGUGUUAAAAAUGCAGACUUUGUAGAAUCGCAAUUUAAAUUGAAUCCAAAAAAUCAUAGAAGGAUCAUUUAUUUAUUCUGCAGUUUGACUUGUGUCCUUCUAUGCUUGAAGAGCACCUGCUAACUCUCUCACUGCAGCACUUGCCUUUUUCCACGUUGUUCGAUGUUAACUAAUUUGUCUUGAUUUGCCAAACCUGAAGUCUAAAUCCAUCAAAAGAGGUCAUUUUCAGUUGUAUACAAAUAUCGGAAUAUUCUCUAUUUGAAAAGUUGAAACAUUUGCUUAAAAAUGUAGUUUGUCAUCUGAAUUUUUGAGGUAACGUCUAUUCCUUACAGCUCUAUUAUACUGUUUCAUCUUAGAAUGCACAGUGUUAAAUUGUCAGACUUGGUUAUUCUAGCAUGAAAGAUGAAAUGUAUUUAAACAUUAUGGUUGAAAAUUUCACUUCACUAAAGAAAAAUACUUCCUUCAGCUGUCAGCUCUAUUUUUUUUCUUGGAUUAAAUAUACUGCCUAAAAAAUGUCAGACAUUUUCCAGUGAUGCAUUCCUGAAAGACUUUUGACUCUCUGCUGACCUUAUGGUUUCAUGUGUGACAGAAAUUUCUUGAGGGCCUUUCCACUGAUGGGAGAGACGCAGGAGAGAGAGAGGGUCCUUGUACAUUUCUCCAGACGCUUCUGCCACUGCAACCCUCAGACGCCAUCUUCUGAAGGUUCAGAGCCAUGAAUGAUAAUGAUGACAUUAACAGUUCUGAAGAACAUGAUUCAUAGUGGGAAGAGUCGCAUAGGCGUUACAGAAACCACAGUGUAUGCAAUCAUUCAUGUUGUGGGUGUGAUUCCUCUGGAUUUAUUCAGAAUUUCAGAUUUUACUACCUGUAGAGGUGACCCACAUGAAUCACAAGUGUCCUUGAAAACAUUUUAGAGGAGGGCAGUGAUAGGCUGCAAAGUCAAACAGGGAACAUUUUAGGACAUCUAGAGGCUAAACUGUGAAUUGUUUUCUCUGUAGAAGCUGAAACCAUAUCAGCUGUUAGGGUUUAUUUACAGGCUCAGGUACACUUCAGGUGUGAUAUGACAUUAGCCCCAAGCUAACAGCACAGCAGAUAUAGACUGAUACUUUCGUUUCGUCUGCACUUUGUUUGUUUCUGUGUGUUUUUGUGAAGAGGGCCUUUACUUGAUAAUCCCUUAGACCCAGAGCUUUAAAACUCCAUUUAAAAAAAAUUGUGGUUAUGAAUGAUGAUCAGUCACUUGCUUUUAUUUUGUUUUCUUGUUUUCUGUAAUGACAUAAUCAGUUGCAGCACAAUGUUCCUCUGUGCUAGAGCAGUGACUGUGCUGCCUGAUAUCAUGUUUCAAAGGAAUCAGUCACAGUCUGAAUUAUGAUAAAGUUUUAGUGUUUUUCCUGUCUUUUAGUGCUGUUACAAAUGAAACUAAUAAUUUCAGUCACAUCACAUGACCUAUACUUCACCGUUUUGCAACCCAGGGGCGUAGAAAUUCUGAAGUCAGUAUUUUUUUUUGCAUUAGAAUGACAUUAAAAGGAACCAAGAAGGAAUCAACAUUUACACUGCACUUAAUUGUCAGACAAAUACCAGUUGAUGUACAUCUCUAAUUGUGUGUAGGUGGGAUUUCCUGUUUGUAAAUAUAAGUGUUUCUAAACCCUCCGUUAAAGUAGAGGCUAUUGCACAAACUUCAUAAUGUAACAGUGUGUACAGCAGAUUACAAAGCAUGAGCUCUUAUAACUCAGCACAGGCAUAAUCAGGUUUUUACUGUUUGUGGUGUUGUGGAUUAGUGUCUGUGUGGCACUACAUUCAUCCUUGACAUUAAGGCAGUGGUUCUCAAGUCCAGUCCUCGAGGCCCACUCUCCUGCAUGUUUUGGAUGUUUCCCUGCUCCAACAUACCUGAUUCAAAUGAUGAGCUCGUUAUUAAGCCAUUACAGAGCUUGAUAACGAGCUCAUCAUUUGAAUCAGGUGUGUUGGAGCAGGGAAACAUCAGAAACAUGCAGGACAGUGAGCCUCGAGGACUGGAUUGAGAACCACUGCAUUAAGGUGACCUUGGCUUUGUGUUUUUUUCUGCUUCAGAUGGAGCCCACACGUUAACCUGUGCCCUUAUGCUGCUCAACACUGAUCUACACGGACAUGUAUGUACCAUGAUAUUCUUCAGCAUCUUCUGUCUCUAACCUAGAAAACAAAGUACCAACAUUCCCUCACACGUCUUCUUUCAUUUCUUUCUUUUUGUUUCCGGUCUCUCUACUCUCCUCUCUGCCUUCCCCUCCUCUGCGGCCUACUUUCUGACCUGUUUCUGUCUUUCCUCAAAAAGUGUCAUCUGUUCACUUUUAAACUGGAGCACUGGGGUCUGGGCAACAUAUCACUAUCAGUAUCAUAGGUCCUGUGCUUUGCUUGUGCUUGACCCUCCUUCUCACCAUGCUGAAUGUACUUUCAAACAGACGUACCUCCUCUGACUAACCUCCUCCCUUUUUCUCUUUUCAAAUUCCUGUUCCUCCUUUUCAACCCUGCCCCUGCUAACCAAUUCUGGCCCUUGGUCUCUGUCUGUCCCUGCAGGUGGUAUGUAUAAUUAUGUUACUAAAACUGUCCUUUAAGAAUUUGAUCUCUGUUUUUGUCAGAUUAUAGUAAGAUUUGAGCUUUGAUUAAACUCAAGUCCUAUAGGGGACACUCACGAAAAGGUAAACGCAGUUUGAUGUAUGUUUCUGUGAUGUAAUGUUUGUAUUUCUAACAAAACAAACCCUGAAUAUUGGAAUAGUGGGGAGCUAUUAUUCAAGUUAAGAUACAUCCCUGUCAAUAGCAAAAAUGAGAUUUAUCUGUCUCCUCUCUGUAUGGUCCGUUUCAAACAAUUUCAAAUAACAAUCUGAUUUUACAACUUGUGAUUUCAGUUUACGAUUUUUAAUGAAACAGCUGAUACAGAUUUAGAAAGGCUGCAAAUGACCAAUGAAAUGUUUUUCUUUUUUUUCUGUAAUACUGAAAAAAUUGCUUUGAUGACGACCAUUAGUACCCCGUAUCUAAAGACUUUACAGUAAUCAUGCAGUUUUAUGCAAAUAUUUUGUGGCUGCAAAUCAAACGAUAAUAACUAUUUACCAGUAAUAUAAAUUAGUAGAUCAAAUUUUAUGACUCAUACCUCCUCCAGUUUGUUUAAAUUUAUGACGGAAAAAACAGCCGCAAACAUCAUCAUUUUUUUUUGUGAUUCAGUUUUUAAAAUCCAAGUAAAUUACCGAUUUAUGAGGACAGAGAGGGGCAGUGAUAAUGGCUGUUUUGUUUUGAUUGGACCCCUAAUGAUGCAUCAUAAUUGUGGGUAGAACACUGAGGCCUGUCUGGAAGGCAGAUAUUUAAGAGAUGAUAAUCGAGGUGACACCGACAGCCAACCAGCAGCAUCAUACUGACACCAAGUGGACUGAUUCAAAGCUGCAUGUCAUGUGUAUCAAAAUAAUAAAGAUAUAUUUAUCACCUUCUUCAACUAGAACUGAUCGUUUCUCUGUCUCUUCAGAAUAUUGGGAAGAAGAUGUCUUGUCAACAGUUUAUCAGUAAUUUGGAUGGCCUCAACAAUGGCAAAGACUUUCCAAAGGAACUAUUAAAGGUACAGAGCUGUUCCUGCAAGAGCCCAGCCAUCAGCUACUCUGUUUGUUUAAUUUUCUUUUUUAAAUCUUAGCCAUUUGAUUGAAUUAUUCAAUAAUGAGGUUAGAAAUCCAGCCGAAAGUCUUACUAAUAGAUGUUAACAAUUUCUUCUUUCCUCACAUACAGGUCUUGUAUAACUCCAUCAAGAAUGAGAAGCUGGAGUGGGCAGUGUGAGUGUGUCUUUUAGUGCCUCCAUGUUUUUUUUUAAAGUAACCCUGAACAUGUGCUUCUCAGCUUUACAUGAAUGGAUUUUUGUGUGUGCAGUGAGGAGGAGGAGCUAAGGAAGAGUCUGUCAGAGCUGGUAGAGGAGCAGUGUGAGGGAGGAAGUAAGCGUGUUGCCAGGGUAACCGAUGGCAAUAACCCUUUCAUUGCCAUUCCUAUUCUGUUAAAUGCCGUCACCUACAAACACGGAGUGCUGACACGUAAGAGUCAUGCUGACAUGGACGGCAAGCGCAGUGAGUGUUUUUUUUGCACGCAUAAUUACCCUCUUAUAUACACACACACACACACAAAAAAAUGUUGAAGUCACCAAAUUCACUCUAGUCUAGCUUCUCGGGGUAUGAUUUGAAUGUUAUUACUCUCCUCUAUCUUUUUGCAGCUCCAAGGGGUCGUCGGGGUUGGAAGAAGUUCUAUGCAGUUCUUAAAGGGAUGAUCUUGUAUCUCCAGAAGGUACCCUAUCUUGUCCUCUGCUCUGUUACCAUAGAAACACGUAUCCACUAUUGCUGUCACUGCGGUGGCAGAUGCUGUUAGCUGCACUGCUGUAUGGGCUUGUGUGUGUGUUAUUGGCGAGGGACUGAGAUAGAGGGAGCAUUAAGGGAGGAAAUGAGGCAUGCUGCACUACUCUGCGUUUGUCUCCCUCUACUGUUGCAAAGUUUGCGCUCAUCAAAAUAAGGGUUAGAUAUGGUCAACAUGAAUGAAUCAGAUCUGCUUUUAUUUCUGCCUUUGUGGUGAUUUAUUAGAUUUUUUUCUGUUGGAUUUAUGUCCAAGAGUUUUUGGGACUGUGCCUCAGGGUGAAGUUGUAUAUAUUGUUGUGUCUCCUAAACCUUAAAAACACAGUCUCUCUUUCUUACCCAGGACGAGUACAAGCCUGAUGCUGACAUUUCAGAGGUGGACCUGAAGAACGCAGUGCGGAUCCACCAUGCAUUAGCAACUCGAGCCACUGACUACAGCAAAAGAGCACAUGUACUGAAGCUCAAGACCUCAGACUGGAGAGUCUUCCUGCUGCAGGCCCCGUUAGUCACCUAAGUCCAGUUACCCACCCAUCUAUCCAUCAGCUGCUUUUUUAUAUGCUGCAAAAAUGGCAAAGCAAAUCAGCCUCCUCUAGUGUUUUCAUAGUGUGCAAGUCAUAGGUGAUUGUCAGGGUGAGCUAAAAACCUGCAGAGAGAAAGUGCUGCUGUAAUACACAAUAAAAGAAACAGUUUCAACACCAGAAAUUCUCCGUAAAGGAGGCGGAUUAAGAUUAAGAAUACGCAAUGUAAGCUGUGAAGUAAGAUUAAUGACAAAAGCACACUCUAUUACAAUUAUUACAGAUGCCAGCGACAGAUGAUGGUGAAAUGAAAGAUUUAAUCCUUUGUUUGCAUUCUUUAGUGUUAAUAAAUUAAGCCAGUCUGGCAAACGUCAAGUGUUUUCUGUAACACACAUCACUCGAGCAAUAGUUUCUCAUUUGCUCACCUUUUUUUUUGUCCAUGAGUGUAAUUCUCCUCCCUGGCUCCCUUCUUCCAGUGGGGAGGAGGAGAUGAUGUCGUGGAUCUUCAGGAUAAACCUGGUGGCAGCACUGUUUUCUGCUCCAGCCUUCCCUGCUGCAAUCGGCUCCAUGAAAAAGUUCUGUCGGCCCAUUCUGCCGUCGUCAUCCACCAGACUGAAGCAGGUGCACAUGCACACACAUGCAAACAGUGACUGAAAUCAGAAGAAAUGGCAUCUGGCAUAUAUGUGUCUUUUAUAUGCAUACACAUAUACAUAAAUUUAUUUAUGUGUGUGUAUAUAUGUGUGUGUGUGUGUCUUUCUUUUUAUUAUAGAGCUGUAUGCAAAUCCGUCUCUAUCAAAAUCUCUAUACGGGGUUGGGCACUUUAACAAUUUCUAUUUGUGUCUGCUGCCCUCUGAUUGGCUGUUUUGGGUAUCUCCCGGUUUUUCUCCUUGCUGUGAUUGGUGCAGGAGGAGCAGCUGCUGAGUCAUGAGAGCAAGCUGAAGCAGAUGAGCCUGGAGCUGGAGGAGCACCGGAAAAACUCGCCCUCAGCUGACCCCAAAAGCCGUGAGUGGGAGGAGUUCCGGCUCAAAGAGCACUACCUCACAUAUGAGGUACCGGCUUUCCACAGCUUUGGUUAAUUUGUCUGGGUGUUUCUGUUGCCUUACUCUGUCACUUUAAUAGGUUUUUGGUGUUGUAAUGCUGAUGAGAAACUGAAAGCAUGACAUGCUGUUUCUACCUACAUUCAAGUUAUAUAUCUCUAUGCAUGAUUUAUUAUUUAGUUGAUUCUGUGAAAAGAUUAAAAAAAAAUGUUUGAUUCAAAAAUAAAUCAAAAAGAUUAUUAAAUGCAACCAAGUAUAGAUAAUUGUGAGUGACUGAUCAGUUGUAUCUCAGGUAAUAAUCUGUGUUUUUCUUGUGUAUUUUCCCCCCGGUCCCUCCCUGUCUGAGCAGAAGACUCGGUAUGAGACAUACAUCAGCCUCCUGCAGGCAAAAAUCCGUGCAGAGACGGACGACCUUGAGAAGAUCGAGGCUAGCGUGAUGGGUGGCCUGAUCAUGGAAGGUGGCUUACCUGGCCGAGAGUGUCACCUCCGCAAGACACAGUCUUCUCCAUCCAUUAGUCAGGCUCACGGUGGGCUGAAUGGGAGGGCAGCUGCCUCAGGGCUGAGGAGCUGA